CGCGUUUGCCGUAACUCGCGACAUAUCAAACGGAUUCAAGAACACGCAAGGGAAGAGAAACCAGUGCAGGAGUUAGGGCUCGUUUUUUGUCAGUUCAAUAGCAAGAACAGAGGGAAGUGUACUCAAAGAAACAACGAGUUCAUUGAUGUAGCUCUAUUUCAUACUUUAAUUUAUUCUUCAGGCUUCGAUCAGGGGAGAUGACGAAUCCACAGAAUGUUGAGCUGGAGGCAGCCAAGUUUCUGCAUAAACUUAUCCAGGAGUCUAAAGAUGAGCCUACCAAAUUGGCAACAAAACUCUAUGUGAUUUUGCAGCACAUGAGAUCUAGUGGGAAAGAAAAUUCAAUGCCUUAUCAAGUGAUAUCAAGGGCCAUGGAAACUGUUAUCAAAGAAAACAAUCUUGAUAUUGAAACUCUAAUGUCGUCCCGCCUUCCUCUGGCAGCCGGAACACAGACUGGAGAUUCUGCAUCUUCUCACUUACCUGGGUCUUCUCAGCGUGUUGGAGCUGCUAAGGACUCUAAAUCGAGCUUUUCUGGGAAUGAGAUGGGCACACCUGAGACAUAUGCACCAACUAGGGGGCAUACUGGCCCAGGAAGUGGCGGGCAGGACAUAUAUCAAGGGUCUGCACCACAUAUAAGUGGUGGAGCCAUCAAGGUUCAUGGGGUUUCUUCUGGUGUUCCAGGUUCUUAUUUAUCGGCAGAAUCAGCCAAUAGGAUGCAGUUUGGUAACUCUUCCUUCGAUAGCCACAGUUUUACUGCCAAGACGGCUAAGGACAGAAGCAUGGAAGUGUUUCCUGCAAUUGCUUCCGGCGAUCAUUCUGCUGGCAAAAGUAUAUCUGGGAAGACAUUGGAUCAUGGGGGAUCUAGCAUGGCAACUAAUGCAAAUAAGGGUGGCUUUCCGAGCAGUCUUCCAGAACCAAACAUGGUGAGAGCCACUGCUUCUAGGGAUUCCGGGAAAUCACCUGUUCCUCAGGCUUCCACUGCAGGCCUUCCGUUUAAGGAACAGCAAUUAAAACAACUUAGAGCUCAGUGUCUUGUGUUUUUGGCAUUCAGAAAUGGUUUGAUGCCAAAGAAACUUCAUCUCGAGAUUGCACUUGGAAAUUUUUAUACCAAAGAAGAUGGAACUCGCCGGGAUCACGUUGAUCAGAAAGGGAAGGAUCAAUUUAUUCCUGAUCCAAGUAGUGUUUCUGAAGUCCCGAGGUCAUUGGAAAGACCAGAUAGCAGUAAAGGUCCCCCCUCUAUCUUGGACUCCAAUUUGUUAAAAGAAGCUGAUUUUGCAAAAAUUCCAGAAGAGAGAAGUACUCAACCUGCUAUGUUAGCUGAAAAUGAACAAGACAGGAAAUGUUUGGUGACAAGACGGAAAACAGAUGCUGAAAGUCUAACACAGGACAACGUAGAAUUACAUGCAUCCGCACAAAGAGAACCACAUCAUUCGAGCACUAGGGAAGCAUUUAGCCGUAAUCAUGAAAAUGAUUUGGGGAACAUCCACCAGUCCAAGAUCGUCUCAUCUGGUGUUAUGGCCUCAUGUGAGCAAUCAAAGCUUGAGGAGAGUGGUGGGACUGGAAAUGGAUUUGCAAAUGAUGUGCCCAAGGUGCCAUUACCUAACAAUAUAGCUAUGCAUGAAGAGGUGCUACACAGAAAAGAUGAGGCCACAAGUCAGACUCAAAAUCCUGUGGAUUUCCAUACUGCAGGAAAUUUACAUUCUGAUAAAAAGAUGCAAAGUUUUGCAUUGAAAGACCAAUGGAAUCCUGUCCCAGGAAUGAACGCCCAAAACUUCUCUUCAGUUCCAGUUAAGGAUUCUAAUAUUUUGGUGAAAAACGUUUCACAAGUGUUAGAGACAGAUCAGGAAAAGGACUAUACUUCAGUAUCUACUGACUUACAACCUUCUCCAAAGCAUACUACUAUAGAAAGAUGGAUCUUGGACCGGCAAAAGAGGAAAGUUUUUAAUGAGCAGAAUUGGGCUCAGAAACAGCAGAAGACUGAGCAAAAAAUUGCUGCUUGUUCUGAUAAGCUGAAGGAAAUUGUGAGCUCAUCCGAAGAUAUUUCUGCAAAGACAAAAAGUGUAAUUGAAUUGAAAAAGCUUCAGUUGCUGGAGUUGCAGAGACGGCUUCGGAGCGAUAUCUUAAAUGAUUUUUUCAAACCAAUAUCAAGCGAAAUGGACAGAUUAAAAUCGAUUAAGAAGCAUAGAAUUGGAAGGAGAUCAAAACAAAUUGAAAGAUAUGAGCAGAAAAUGAAGGAAGAGCGACAAAAGAGAAUCAGAGAAAGGCAGAAGGAAUUCUUUAGUGAGAUUGAAGUUCACAGAGAAAGACUCGAAGAUGGGUUUAAAAUCAAGAGAGAGCGCUGGAAAGGAUUCAAUAGAUAUGUGAGGGAGUUCCACAAGAGGAAGGAAAGAUUUCAUCGUGAGAAGAUAGACAGAAUCCAGCGGGAAAAGAUUAAUUUGUUAAAAAUUAAUGAUGUUGAAGGGUAUCUCCGCAUGGUUCAGGAUGCAAAAUCAGACCGGGUUAAACAACUACUAAAAGAGACUGAGAAAUAUCUGCAAAAGCUGGGGUCUAAACUAAAGGAAGCAAAGGUAAUGGCAAGACACUUUGAGACUGAUAUGGAGGAGAGUAAGGGUGGUUUUGUUGAGGAGAAUGAAGACAUUGUUGAGAAUGAAGAUGACAAAGAUCAGGCCAAGCACUAUUUGGAAAGCAACGAGAAAUACUACAUGAUGGCACAUAGUGUAAAAGAGAAUAUCAUCGAGCAGCCGACCUGCCUUGUGGGUGGAAAACUGAGAGAGUACCAAAUGAAUGGACUAAGAUGGCUGGUCUCACUUUAUAAUAACCACUUGAAUGGUAUACUAGCAGAUGAGAUGGGCUUGGGUAAAACUGUCCAGGUUAUAUCUCUAAUUUGUUACCUAAUGGAAACUAAGAAUGAUAGAGGACCUUUUCUAGUAGUCGUACCAUCAUCAGUUUUGCCUGGGUGGGAGUCAGAGAUCAAUUUCUGGGCACCAAGUAUCCACAAAAUUGUUUAUUCUGGCCCCCCUGAAGAACGCCGGAGGCUGUUUAAGGAACAAAUUGUUCAUCAAAAAUUCAACAUUCUUCUGACAACAUACGAGUAUUUGAUGAACAAGCAUGAUCGACCAAAACUUAGCAAAAUACACUGGCAUUAUAUCAUUAUUGAUGAAGGCCAUCGCAUAAAGAAUGCUUCUUGCAAGUUGAAUGCUGAUCUGAAACAUUACCGUAGCAAUCACAGAUUACUUUUGACUGGAACUCCCCUGCAGAAUAAUCUUGAGGAACUUUGGGCGCUGCUCAACUUCUUGUUGCCAAACAUCUUUAACUCAUCUGAUGAUUUUUCUCAAUGGUUCAAUAAACCAUUUGAGAGUAAUGGUGACAAUUCACCAGAUGAAGCUUUGCUAUCUGAGGAGGAGAAUCUUUUGAUUAUAAAUCGUCUUCACCAAGUUCUGCGACCAUUUGUACUUCGAAGGUUGAAACACAAGGUUGAAAAUGAAUUGCCUGAAAAGAUCGAAAGACUUAUUAGAUGUGAAGCUUCUGCGUAUCAGAAGUUAUUGAUGAAGAGGGUAGAAGAAAAUCUUGGUGCCAUUGGAUCUUCAAAGGCUCGGUCUGUGCAUAACUCCGUGAUGGAACUGCGCAAUAUAUGCAACCAUCCGUAUCUCAGCCAGCUUCACGUGGAGGAGGUUCACGAGUUGAUUCCAAAGCAUUAUCUUCCUAACAUUGUCAGACUUUGUGGGAAGCUUGAGAUGUUAGAUCGGUUAUUGCCCAAACUGAAGGCAACUGACCAUCGGGUUCUUCUUUUCUCAACAAUGACUAGACUUCUUGAUGUUAUGGAGGACUAUCUUUGCUGGAAACAAUAUAGAUACCUACGAUUAGAUGGACAUACAUCUGGGGGCGAUCGUGGGGCCCUCAUUGACCGGUUCAAUCAACCUGAUUCACCAUAUUUCAUAUUUUUACUCAGUAUUCGAGCUGGAGGCGUUGGUGUGAAUCUCCAAGCUGCUGAUACUGUGAUUAUAUUUGAUACAGAUUGGAAUCCCCAGGUUGAUCUGCAAGCACAAGCAAGGGCACAUAGGAUUGGACAAAAGAAGGACGUCCUCGUUCUUCGCUUAGAAACAGUCCAGACUGUGGAAGAACAAGUUAGAGCCUCUGCUGAGCACAAACUGGGGGUUGCUAAUCAGAGUAUAACUGCGGGUUUUUUUGACAAUAACACGAGUGCGGAAGAUCGAAGAGAAUACUUGGAGUCUCUCCUGCGUGAGUGCAAGAAAGAGGAAGUUGCACCUGUUUUGGAUGAUGAUUCUCUUAAUGAUAUUAUAGCACGCAGUGAGUCAGAAAUUGAUAUUUUUGAGUCAGUCGACAAACAGAGGCGUGAAGAAGAAAUGGUUGCAUGGGAAAAUAUGUUUGGUGGGAAGGGGUCAGAGAAAUGCAAGCAGAUACCUCCUUUGCCUUCUCGACUUUUAACAGAUGAUGACUUAAAAUCAUUUUAUGAAGUGAUGAAGAUUUCUGAAGCACCGACACCAGGUGUAUUACCUAAUGCUGGGAUGAAGAGGAAGAGUGGUUCUCUUGGAGGUCUUGAUACACAACAUUAUGGAAGAGGCAAACGUGCUAGGGAGGUACGCUCUUAUGAAGAGCAAUGGACGGAAGAAGAAUUUGAAAGAAUGUGCCAAGUUGACUCUCCAGAAUCUCCUGUAAUUAAGGAAGAAGUUACUGGAAAGACAUUGCCGGUUGCUGCAAACAGCUCGGCUGUAGUCAUUGGUGAGAUGCAGGCACCAGUAUCAUCUCAACUGCCUCAGCAUCCAGCUAUAGAACCACAACUGGGGCUGGUAAAAAAAGAGGCUACCCCGCCAUCUAAAAGGGGCCGUGGAAGGCCAAAAAGAGUGGUGGAAGCCUCUCCAUUGGUUCCAUGCCCUGUGCCUUUGGGCGCUGUCAAGGCAGAAGAGGUCUCCAAGGUUGAAGCUACAUCUGUGGUACCUCCUGAUUCUUCGGCCACCACUGGUCAUAUUAGAAGUAUCACUGGUGGCGUGCAGGAAAUGGGGCUGCCUAUUACCCCGACCACCCCUGGAGUAUCAACCCCGAUCCCUGGGCCUGUUACUCCGAACCCUGGGCCAACUCUGCCAUCCAUUGUUCCUGCUUCUCAAACUGCUGCUUCCCCUUCAUCAGCUGGGCGAGGUAGAGGACGAGGUCGCAAGUCUCUAACAGGAGGAGAAGCUCCUGCUCCCAGACGCAGAGGCAAAAGACAGACCACAGUUUUGCAGACUGUUCCGGUAACUGCCUCCCUAUCAUUGACUGAGAAACCACCCAUUGAAAUACAAGGAGAAAUUACCUCAGGCUCUGUUGUUGCUACCAGCACUGGUUCUGUUCCUGUCACUACAGUUAUAAAGGAAGUUUCUAGUGAACCAAAUUCAGUUUCACCUGCUGCUAUUCUACCAUCAGCUUCUGGCCCAAGGACUUCGGAUGUGGGGUCACAAGAAGGAGCCAUAUCCACCACUUCAGUGGCUUCCGGUGAUGCUUUUAGUGGUCCAGUGGCUGUGGCAAAUGUUAGUCAGCCAGACACUGGUGUUGUGCCUGCUUCAAGCCCCCAAGCUAACCCUCCCUUACUUCCUGGGCUUCCUGUUGCACAGUCUAUUAGUUCUUCCCCCUCUAUAACAAGGCAAGGUAGAGGACGAGGGCGAGGGCGGGGGCGUAAUGCUCAAAGUCGAGAAGAAACACCUCAAAGGAGGCGAAGGAGGCAGGACCCUAUGGUAUCCACUAAUCCUGGCACGUUAACUGGUCAGGAUUCAGCACUGACUGAACCUCCUCAGAAAAAAACUCAGGCUUCUGUUUUGCGGAAGGACACCACGAUAGGGGAGGGGAAUCUAGAAUUGACAAAAGCAAGCCAGUAUGCUGCUCAAGAUGUUGCAGAUCCUUCCAUGGAGGAAGUCCCUAAGGGCUCCACUACGGUUUCGAACACUUGUGUGAACAAGUCCGAGGAUCCUCAGGAGCAAGAUGGAAAUAAGAAAGAAGGCAAUGAUCUGGCAAAUAAAGGCUCCAUUACAGAUACACACAUUUGUGUUGACAAGGUAGAGGAUCCUCCUCAGGGACAAGAUGGAAAUAAAAAUGAAGGCAAAAAUCAGGUAAAUGAAGGCUCGGAUCCUCCUCAGGAACAAGGUGGAAAUAGAAAAGAAGUCAAGGAUCAUGCAAAUGGAGGCUCAGCUACAGAUACAAACAUUGAUGUUGACAAGUUUGAGGAUCCUCCUCAGGAACAAGAUGAAAAUAAAAAAGAAGGCAAGGAUCACGCAAAUGAAGCCCUUGAAUCAGAAUCUAACUUCUGUGAUAAUUCGCCAUCAAUUUCUACCUUGGAUCCAGCAGUUACAACAUUGAGAUCUCUGGUUUCCAGUUCUGGGCUUCAGUCUGCAAGAGAAAGUGGGGAAUCUAAGGAGAAGGAAGCACCUGAUGAUAAGGACCCUUGUGGCGCUAGUUCUCUUAUUUCCAUCUCUGAGGUGCUGGGAAGUGAUAAUGAUAAUAAAAAAUCUGAAGAUUCCCAAUCUUUACUGGUAGGCAGCAGCAACUCUGUUGAGAUGGAAAAAAGCCAAGGGUUAAAUAGUGAUAAUGUUGAGGCUGCAGCAUCAUUUGGAGCAAUGCCUCGUGCCAGUGAGACUGAAAAGUUUGAAUCUCUCUGUCAAAAGGAAGAUGAGAAAAUAAUUGAGUCUGCCAAAAGCCCUAAUGUGGACGAAUUUCCAGCAUCAGAUAAUUUAUCAAAGGGAGCAACAAAUGAUGCGACUGUUGAUUCAAUCCCCAAGUUAUCCGAAAGUGAUAAUACUGAGAGAGCAUCAGAAGAUUCCGGGUCUUUACCGGUAUCCAAAAGCAACUCUGCUGAGAUGGUGAAAGGCCAAGAUGUGCGUAGCACCGACGUUCAGGCCACAUCAGCUCUUGGGUCAAAGCCUGUUCUGCCUGGUGAGAGUGGCAAGUCUGAAUCUCCUUCUGGAAAGGAAGGUGACAAGAUUUUUGAGUCCUCUAAAAGCACUAAUCUGGAUGAAUCUGUACCACCUCUCAAAUCAUCUGAGGAAGCGACAAAUACCGUUUCAGAUAAAGGUGCCGAAAAUGAAUACGGAAAAGUACUCGUGGAUGAACAUGAAAACUACUCUACUUCAGUUGAGGUUGUUGUUUCUGCUUCUGACAUUUCAGUGCCAGUGUCUGGAUCUGGUCAGAACUUGUCUAGUCAGUCACAUGGAAAGGAGAAUUCAGGAGAACAAGAAAGCAAUGGUGUUGUCGGGGAUAAAGAUUUCAAUUCAAAGCCAGGUUCAACUUUAAGUAGAGGAGGAGUUGAAGAGUCUUUUCCAAUUUCCUCAACUGAAGAAAACUUAGAAUUGCCUGUGGGUUUGACUGAGAAGGUGAGUGAGAAUCUGGGUGUGAAUGAUGAUCUGAAACAAAUGGUAGAAAAAGAAGAUUGUUCUGUCUCUGCCUCACUUGAUUCUGCUGACAAAUUGGAGGAUCAUCAGGAACAAGAUUUAAAAGAUUUAGAUGGCAAAGAUCACAAGGCUGAAGUGCUUCCAUCAGAAUCGCUGUUGUGUGAUAAUUUGCCAUCAAAUUCAACAUUGGAGCCUGCUGCUGUGUUGAUCCCAGUUGCCGAGUCUGGGAAUCGGUCUGCAAGAGAAGAACAUCAGGAGAGCAAAGAACCUGAUAAUGAGGUUCACGUGAAUAGUUCUGUUGUUUCAGUUCCUGAUGCACCUGAAAUAUCUUUGCGUUCGUCAUCAGUAUUCAGCAGCAAUGAUACUGAGAUUACCACAAAUCAAUGUUUAGAUAGUGCUAGUCCUCAAGGCGCAACCCUUCCUGGGGAAAUGCCUUUCCUUGGGGAGUCUGAUUCUGAAGAUGCAGCAAAGGGGGCGGAGAAAAUGGUUGAGUCUGCCAAAAGUCCCACUCAGGAAGAAGCCAUAGCACCCGAUGAUUCACGGGAGAGAGCUGCUGAUGCCAUUUCUGAGGAACCCAAGGAUGAAUCUGGUAAUGAAGCUGGGAAACUUCUCACUGGUGAACAUGAGGAAGAUCCCCAUCUUGAGGUUUCUAUUUCGACUACUGAAGUUGCAGCUCCCACUCUGGAAGACUCUCCAAAGGAUGGAGCAGUUAAGACCAUUUCUGAGGUACCAAAGGAUGCAUUUUGCAGUGAACCUGAGAAAUUACCCACUAAUGAACCAACAAAGCAAAGUCUGCUGGAUAAUGCUUCUGUUUCACCUAUUGAAGUUGCGCUUCCUAAUGUGGAAAACUCCCUCGCGUCAGAUUAUUUGUCAGACGGAACUGGGAAUACCAUUCCUGAGGUUCUUGAGGAUACAGUUCCUGGAGAACUACCUGCCAAUGAACAUGCAAGGGAAAAUGCCACUGUUGAAGUUCCCAUCCCGACUACUGAAGGAGUAGAUGCUGCUCAGGAAGACUUACUGGCACAAGAUAAUUUGUCUGAUGGAGCAAAGGAUGUGGUCGCCGAGGUACACGGGGACAAAUUUGAUGAUGAAUACUCCCCAGCCGUAGAUAGUUCAUCUGAUGGAGCAGGGAAUUCUGUUUCUGAAGGACUCGGGGACCCAUCGGAGACUGAAUCUAGGAAUCUACUCUUUGAUGAACAAGUAAUGGAAAAGGCCCCCCUUCAGGCCUCCGCGUCGACUGAAGUUGCACAUACCACUACAGAGAACUCGUCAGCGCCAGAUAAUUCGUCUGAUGAAGCAGCGAAUACCAUCCCUGAGGUGCUGGGGAGUACAUCUCCUGACGAAUCUGGGAAACUUCUCAUAGAUGAAGAUGCAAAGGAAGCUGCCCCGGCUGAGGUUCCCAUUUCCUGGAGCGCAAGAGAGCAACGAUGCCAUCGAGGCUAA